CUGGUGGCAAGAUGCAUUCCCAGAAUCAAGGAAAUGAAUGUUUCUUCCAGAUGAGAACGAGCUUGUGCCGGCAUCACAAGAUAGUGAUGACACACUCUACUGUGAGGCUGAAGUCCCGCUGACUGUUGAAAAAGAGAAACCAGCCCGAGAGAGUUCAGAAACAGACCUCGAGAUCGAAGAUUCUGAGAAAUAUUUCACCACUGGACAAAAGGAGCUGUACCUGGAGGCCUGCAAACUGGUGGGUGUAGUGCCCGUCUCCUACUUCAUCCGGAACAUGGAGGAGUCCUACAUGAACCUCAAUCACCAUGGGCUGGGCCCCAAGGGUACCAAGGCGAUUGCUAUAGCCCUGGUGUCCAACACGACUAUUAUCAGCCUGGAGCUGGGAGACAAUUGUAUGAUGGAGGAGGGCGUCACCAGCCUGAUGCAGAUGCUGCAUGAGAACUACUACAUCCAGGAGCUGAAUAUUUCCGAGAAUGAUCUUGGUUUGGAAGGGGCUGGAAUCCUUUCAGGCUUUCUCCAGAGAAAUAUCUCUUCACUCUGGAAUAUUCAGCUUUCAGGAAAUAACUUCAAAGAAGAAUCCGCAGUAUUGUUCUGCCAAGCCAUGUCGUCCAAUUAUCGAAUUAAGAAACUGGACCUGAGUCACAAUCAGUUCUCUGAUAAGGGAGGAGAACAGCUGGGACAGAUGCUGGCCCUCAAUGUAGGGCUCCAGGUGCUGGAUCUGAGCUGGAAUCACAUCCGUACGCGGGGAGCUGUGGCCCUGUGCAACGGUCUCCGGGCUAAUGUGACCCUGAAGACACUGGACCUCUCCAUGAAUGGAUUUGGCAACGACGGGGCUCAGGCCAUAGGGGAGGUCCUCAAACUCAACACCUCCCUGGCCUACCUAGAUCUCAACAGCAAUGACAUUACCAAUGAUGGAGCUGCCAAGAUCAGCAGAGGACUGGAGUCCAAUGAAAGCCUCAAAGUUCUGAAACUUUUCCUGAACCCUCUGACAAUGGAGGGGGCUGUUUUACUUAUCACAUCCAUCAAGAGGAACCCCAAAUCCAAGAUGGAAGAGCUAGACAUUUCUAAUGUGCUGGUGUCUGAGCAGUUCGUGAAAAUUCUGGAUGGGGUAUGUGCCCUUCACCCCCAGCUGGACGUGAUCUACAAGUCAGUGCAAGGCCUCUCCAGCAAGAAAAACAUCCUCUUGUGCACGAACCCCAUGAAACUGAUCCAGAGCUAUGUGGAACAGCAAAAGAUCACAGCCUUGGACUUCUUCAAGAGUUUGAGCCCUCGUGGAAUGAUGAAGAUGCCUGUAGGGGAGUUUCGGAAAGCGAUGUUACAGCAAAGCAAGGUACCUGUGAACCGGUACCAAAUCAGGGAGCUGAUAAAGAAGCUGGAUGAGAAGAAGACAGGCAUGGUGGACUUCAGGUCAGCCCAAACCCAUUGGCUGCCCCUACCCAAUUCCCAGCUCACGAAGGCCUGGUCUCUCUAUAAGGGGCCCUGACUGUGUUGGCCUGAGCUUCUUAUUAGGGCCUCCCCUACCCUGCAGCAAGUGGCUGCCUUUCUCCUGGUUCCCAAGUCCGGCCCACUCUUUACUGUCCUUCUCAU